AAGGCAAAGAAUAUGAGGCAUUUAUUAGCAAAAUUUAAAAAAUAUUUUGUGCUUUCUAACUAUUCAAAUGUUACUAAAAAAUUGAACAUAUUGAUGUCUAAAACACCAGGCCGUUCUGUGAUUUCCAGAAGAGGAAUGACAGGCAACAGUACAUUCACUAAGCCCCUCGUGGGUAUCGUUUCCCAACAUUUUAUUGAUCAAGCAGGCGUGGAUAUAUUAGCUAAAUGUUGCCCAUCUGCGACUUUUGUUUUGAUAGAAUACACAGGUGUUUCACUCAAACAACUGAAAGACUUAGAUAUUUUGAUUGCUGAUCCAGCACAUGUAUGUAAAUAUAUAUUUAAUCUACCAAAGUUAAGAUGGAUGCAGUCAACGUUUGCAGGUGUUAAUCCCAUAGUCGAUCAAUUGCAACAAGAUACGCCUCCCCCAACGUUUGUCCUCACAAGACUUGGAGGUGUUUUUGGACCUCCAAUGGCUGAAUAUGUGAUUGGUCAUAUUAUUGCACGGGAGAGGAAAUUUUCACUUUCUAGAAAAUAUCAACAGGAUAAGACAUGGGGUUCAUGGAAGAAAUUUAUUCAUCGUCCACUUUCCGAGCUAACGAUUGGAAUACUUGGUUUUGGUGAUAUUGGUAAGGAAAUUGCUAAGUACUGCAAGUCAAUGAAGAUGACGGUUAACAUUGUUCAUCGCACUGUUCCUGCUACGAAAAGUUCUUUCGUGGAUGAAAGCUUCUCAAUUGAAGAAUUACCUAAGUUUUUACAACAAUGUGAUUACAUAUGCAAUGUACUGCCCAGUACACCGAGUACAAGAGGUCUUCUUUCUGGCAAUAUUUUGGAAAAUUGUAAAGAGAAAAAGACGGUACUUAUAAACAUUGGUCGUGGGGAUGUGAUAAGCUGUGAUAGUAUUUUGAAUGCAUUAAAUAAUCAAUGGAUUGGUGGUGCCAUUUUGGAUGUGUUUAAGGAAGAGCCUCUUCCAAACGAUAGCGAAUUAUGGACUCAUCCCCAGGUCACUAUUACUCCUCAUAUUGCUGGAUUGACUAGAAAAAAUCAGGUGAUUGAUUCUUUCAAAGAGAAUUUUGAGCUUUUCAAAGAGGGAAAACCGAUGAAAUAUGUCGUGGAUUGGAGCAAAGGAUACUAAGGCUAGUUCAAAAAUUGUACAAUUCCUAAUUCAUUGAGAAUAAUAAUAUAUUUUAGUCAAUGACAAUGCUAAAUUCAUGCGUGAAAGGAAAUCAAGGUCAUGCUUGAUGUGAAGGCGGGGGUAUGUGCAUGUGGAGGUAUAAUGAUGAUCAACGGCUCGGGCCAUAACUAUACAUACUGAAUCUGCCCCAGAAGUAUACGUUUUCAUGUCUGUUCGCAUACUCGCCAUAUCGAAAAGAGGGCUUAAUCAUCAGUUACUAAUCAUUAUAAAAAAAAUGGCUGAUUACAAGUUCAGACGUUUAAAUAACGUGUUAACAAGUUCAUUCUACCACCAUUUAAUGGGUAUCUAAACAAUCAGGAGCUCUUUGAGCACCACUGAUGUAAACUGGGUAACGGCCUGAACUGGAUAUUAGGUAGUUUACGAUCUACGACGCGGAUGGCUCGACGUCGCGCAUGCCAAAUGCCGUUUCAAUUAUGCUGAAAAACCUCUGAGGUCGCUGAUAUUGCAGAUCCAUAUAGCUAUCACGUUGCAGCUGCUUUCAUGUCGUCGAGAAGCCGUGAAAAUGGUCCUUUUGAAGCCAUGCAGCGUAAGAGUGGCAACGCUGUCAUGGGACCACAAGUUAUACCUAUUGUCUCGCGUGUGGUGUUUCUUUGUUUUGCAAAGCGCGUCGUCUAGCUGGCCGCGUCGUGAAUCGUAAACUCCCUAUUGUAUUCUGCAUUAAGCAUCUUGCAAAUUGUACAUAUUAGCAUCUUGCGGUGUUGCGGUUUGGCUGUUAAUUUUUGUGGUGUCAUAAUUUUGCAUGAAAUGGUCUGUGUUAAGAGAGCAAAUGAACCUUCUCAGUUGAAAUAUAUAUAUAUAUAUACGUAUAAAACAUGCGUGGCUGGUGAAUCCGAGGAUAUCCUACGGUAGGAUAUCUGCUUCUUGAAAUAUAUAAACGAAUAAUUGCAAGCUUUCCCGAUAAAAGCAUGCAACAACAUAAGUACAAACAGUAUAGUUGACGUU